CACGAUUUAAACCUUCACGGAUGCUGAUUGGUCUGAAGGGCGCGCUCGAAUGAAUCAACUCGCAGUCAACAGUUACACUCACUUCCCUUCAGACACCGUGGAGGAAACGCUCUACCAGUGAAGCAUCGUCAGGAGUAUUCUGAGAGCUAGCGUAGAAAUGAAAGCCCAGGUUUGCGCAGUUAUAAUGGCGUUAACGGCGGGGCUGCUAGUGGGAGCCGCCCGUAAGGAGGACCCUAUGGAAUUUUGGAUUUCCUUCUUUCGUGAUGAACUGUUCAGUAUCUGCGGAGGGGACUUAUGCUGGCCUACAAGCGAGCCGUGCCUCAAGCAGAUGAAGGAACAAAAUUAUACAACGGAGGAGCAACUGCAAGAAGGCAUAGAAGAUUUGACGCACUGUGCCACGAAGAUUGGUGCCACCAACGCAGACUUCAGCACCCUCACUCUGGAGAAACUGAAAGCGGCAUUCUCCAAAGAUAAGGACCCUUCUCUUAAGGCCACAGAGUACAUCAAUUUCAUGAACAGCCACGGAGUUAUUGGCAAGAAGCUUCAACACGGCAUGUUACGCUGUACUAACAAUAUAAGCGGCGAGCUCCCCAAACUGAAGGAGUGCGUAAAGAAGGCAAAAGCUGAAGAAAAUAAUGAAACAGAACCUACUGAAUAGACACCUUGCUUCAAGGCCAAGCACUGUCCUGAAGCACUGGAAGACAGCCAUCAAGAACCAAUCCAAAAGAUUACGAGUUAGCAUACUCAUUCUCUCUCUCUCUCUCUCUCUCUCUCUCUCUCUCUCUCUCUCUCUCUCUCUCUCUCUCUCUCUCUCUCUCUCUCACACACACACACACACACACACACACACACACACACACACUUCAAACAACAUAAAUGAAAAAUAAAUCAUCAAAUGAAUAAACAAAUUAACAAUAAAUAAAUACCACAGUGAAACAUAAUGAAUAGAGAACUGCUAAUGAGAGGAGAAGAACAUGAAGAUGAC